AUGGCGAACGUGCGGGUGGCCGUGAGGGUCCGGCCCCUCAGCAAGAGGGAGAUCAAAGAAGGGGGAAGAAUUAUCAUGGAAGUUGCUGGCAAAGUGGCAAAAAUCAGAAAUUUAAAGGUGGACAGUCGACCAGAUGGCUUUGGCGACUCUCGGGAGAAGGUUGUGGCAUUUGGCUUUGAUUAUUGCUACUGGUCAGUCAACCCAGAAGACCCCCAGUAUGCAUCUCAGGAUGUGCUGUUCCAGGAUUUGGGGACUGAAGUACUGUCUGGAGCCGCCAAAGGGUACAACAUAUGCCUUUUUGCCUAUGGACAGACAGGUUCUGGGAAGACUUACACCAUGCUGGGGACCCCAGCCUCUGUUGGGUUGACGCCACGGAUAUGUGAGGGUCUCUUCAUCAGGGAGGAAGACUAUGCCCCACUGCCUUCCUCAUGUAGGAUAAAAGUAAGUUUCCUGGAAAUCUAUAAUGAACGAGUGCGGGAUCUGCUCAAACAAUCUGAUCAAAAAAAGUCCUACAGUCUGCGGGUCAGAGAGCACCCAGAGAUGGGGCCCUAUGUACAAGGUUUAUCUCAACAUGUAGUUACCAACUAUAAGCAAGUAAUUCAACUCUUGGAGGAGGGAAUAGCAAACAGAAUCACAGCAGCCACUCAUGUUCAUGAAGCCAGCAGCAGAUCCCAUGCCAUCUUCACUAUCUACUAUACACAGGCAAUCCUGGAGAACAACCUCCCGUCUGAAAUUGCUAGCAAGAUCAAUCUUGUGGACCUAGCAGGCAGUGAAAGAGCAGAUCCCAGUUACUGUAAGGACCGGAUUACUGAAGGAGCCAAUAUCAACAAAUCUCUUGUGACUCUGGGAAUUGUCAUCUCCACCUUAGCCCAGAACUCUCAAGCAUUCAGCAGCUGCCAGAGCCUCAACAGUGCAGCCAAUGAUGGCGGUGACAGUGGGAUCCCUAGGUCUCCUUCUGGAACCAGCAGUGGAGGGGCGCACUCUCGGAGGCAGUCUUACAUCCCAUACCGGGACUCCGUGUUGACCUGGCUGCUGAAGGACAGCCUUGGAGGCAACUCCAAAACUAUCAUGAUUGCCACUGUGUCUCCUGCACACACUAGCUACAGCGAGACCAUGAGCACACUGAGAUAUGCAUCUAAUGCCAAACACAUCGUCAACAAGCCUCGGGUAAAUGAGGAUGCAAAUAUAAAACUGAUCAGAGAACUCAGGGAGGAGAUCGGAAGACUAAAAGCCAUGCUGCUGAGCUUCGAACUGAGAAACUUGAGUCCAUUGAAUGAGGAAAAGGAUGAGAAUCUGAAGGAGCUGGUUCUUCAAAAUGAAUUGAAGAUAGACCAGCUGACUAAAGACUGGACCCAGAAGUGGAAUGAGUGGAAGGCCCUCGUGGAGCAUUACAGAGUGGACAUCAACAGAAGGAGGGCCGGAGUGGUCAUUGACUCCAGCCUGCCACACCUGAUGGCCUUGGAGGACGAUGUACUCAGCACAGGAGUCGUGCUCUAUCACCUCAAGGAGGGGACAACAAAAAUAGGAAGGAUUGACUCAGAUCAGGAACAGGACAUUGUUCUGCAGGGGCAAUGGAUUGAGAGAGACCACUGCACUAUCACCAGUGCCUGUGGGGUAGUCAUUUUGCGGCCUGCCCAGGGGGCCCGCUGCACAGUCAAUGGUCGGGAGGUCACCGCCUCCUGUCGUCUGACCCAAGGAGCAGUCAUAACCCUGGGGAAAGCACAGAAGUUCCGAUUCAACCACCCAGCAGAGGCCGCUGUCCUACGGCAGAGGAGGCAGGUCGGAGAGGUUGUCGGUGGCAGUGGCUCUUUGGAAUGGUUGGAUUUGGACGGAGAUGUCACUGCCUCCCGGUUGGGUCUCUGCCCUUUGCUUUGGAAGGAAAGGAGAGUGCUGGAAGAGCAGAGCAAGCAGGACUGCCAGCCACUGCGGGCAGGAGAGGCACCUCACAGGGCCCCGACUGAGCAGCAGCACUACGUGGGGGAUCUGAGGCAGCGGAUCCUAGCAGGACAGAUUAGAGCCAAACAGGAACUGAAGUUUGACCAGGAGCACCUCAGCUGGCAAAUUAAAGACAACCAUCAGUGGCUGCUUAGAGAAGAGCCCCGGCUGGCUGGCUUGCAGCAGCAGCAGCAGCAGCAGCAGCAAGACCACAUAGCAGAGAAAGAACUCAAGGCUUGUGUGCCGUCUGAUGCUUGGCUCCAGACAGAUCCUGAGACUCAGCCGCCCCCACUGGUCCGAAGCCAGAAGAAGGAGGUGCGACUGCAGCUUGGGCGCAGGAACGCAGUUCGUGCAGCACAGAGGGACAUCUGGCGAAGAAAGGCCUCCUUCCAGCUUGAGAGACUCAUCAAGAAGCAGAGGCUGCUCGAGGCCCAGACGGAUCUGGAGCAGCCUAAGGCAUUGUGUGAGCUCCACGAUGACCACACCCAGAAGCCCACAUACCGGUUCCCCAGCGCUGACGCCACGGUCCGAGGAGCUCUGCACAGAAGCAGACUGCCACAUUGCCGUGCUUUGAGCCUCCAGAGGCUCUGCAGUCAGUAUUUGCCUCAGCUACGCAGUAUUUUCCUGAAUCGAGAUCCCUUCACCAUGCUACCUCCUUUGCCUGACCCUACUGACCAAAUAUCAGAGACAGUUCCAUCAGAAGAAAAUUUGUCCCAGGCUGCUUCUUACCCUCCAAGGACAGGGUGUUUCAGCAAGAAUGCCUUCUUUUCCUCAGGCAAGGGGCAUCUCUGCAAAGCCAGGGGGGCCUUGGCAAGGAAAGGAGCCACAGCCUCAGGUACCUGUCUCACUGUGAGUUCUGAGUCUCCCAGCAUCCAGGAAAUGGAGAAUGUGGGUAAGCAGCCCUGUUGGAUGAUGUCCCAGAGCUUAGCAUCUCUUGACCAUUCAGCUAACAAACUAAAGCCAAGGGACGAGCCAGAAGCACUCAGCCUUUCCACCUAUACCAAGAGGGGUAGGGGACUAGCGGACUCUGACCACACACGAGCAGGGUGGCGAAGAGAAGGGAACCUUGGGACCCACAAGACUGCUAAAGGAGCCAGAUGCAGUUCCUCACAUCCCCGUGGAUCCAAACAGGCAUCUGGACAUGGAAAGGCAGCCAGGACUUUCCGGGUAGAAUCCAAACCACCUUCUUCAAGCAAGGCAUCAAAAAGGCAGCAGAGGGUGCUAGUAGCCAGGGCCAGAGACAUGGCCAGAAAGUCCUCUUGUUUGCCUCAUGGCAGCCCUCUGAGGCAGUACAGUGCAGGAGACCCAGACUCCACAUCCUCACUCACAGAUUGCAGCCCAAGAAUGGAUCGUGUAAGAGAGAAAGAUGGUGACUUAUCUGAUGCAGAUAGCAGUUACUCAGUGGAUUCUCUUUCCUGUGUCUAUGCCAAAGCCCUAAUGGAGCCACUGCAGCCAGAGGACCCUCAGGGGAAGGAACAGGAUCUCCCAGAAUCAGAGAACUCCGAAAGUGAUGACAGCCAAAUAUCUGAGGACUCGCUGGCUGAGAAAGAGUACGAAAGCCCGCCAGACAGCCCAGGGAGCAGCUAUCUCACCAACUGCCACAGCCACCCCAGGGCCAGAGCCAGAGCCCCUGGGAGGGGCUUCACCACGUCCUCAGACAGUGGACUCUUCACCCAAACUUGCAGGAGCUUUUCCUUGGAUAGCCUGAUUGAUGCCAAGGAAGAACUGGGGGAAGAUCAGCAAGAGCCUUUCUUCAGUUCGGCUGAUGAGAUGCCUGCAGAGACAUUUUGGCACCUGCAGGCCUCCAGCCUGCCCAGAGUGGACCAGGAGGCAAUGUGCAGGCUUGGUCCCAUUAACUACAGAACAAGAGCCAGGCUGGAUGCCAUCCUGCCAGUGAGCAGUUCAUUUUACCUUGGUCCCUCACCCCAGCCGCACUGUGAACACCCUGAGUCGGAGGUAGAGGCGAGCUCCUCUGAACAAGCAAACACACUCCAAGGCCGGCAGCUUUCAAGAGGGAGCCCUCUGUUGUCCAUGGAUUCCUGGUUUUCCUGUGACUCCAAGAUCAAUUCUAGCAGCCCUUCAGGAAUAGUGGGUUCCUUAUGUCCAAGUCCUGAUGUCCAGGAAUUUCAACCCCAAGGUUGUGAGAAGCCUGGACAGUCGCAAAAUAUGGAAGAACUCAAGCCAUCAAGAGCAGAAAUACCCCUGCCCUAUAGCUCCAAAGUGCCUCAAGGCGGCGCUGAGCUGCCCUGCCAUAUAAGAGGUGUGUAUACAAUCCCUGCCUCUGAUACGUCCAGCCUGUCAUUCUGGGGAUCAUACAGACUUCUUCAGCCACGAGUUGCUGGCAUUUUUCGGGCCAGAGGUACCCCUGACACAGCCCAGCAGGGCAACUUGGAAGCAUCCAACACCUCCAGCCUGUCAAGUGUUUUAGCUGCCUCUGCCUCCUCGUUCACUCAUGUAGGCAGUGUGCCUGAGAGGGACUGGGCUGCCCUUCAGCAGAAGUACCUCCUUCAACUGUCUCAUCCUGCUCUGGAGGCUGUGAGAGAGCCUGGGCCAACUUUCCCCUCCCUUGAAGAAGAUUCUGCUUCCUUGACCCAAGCUUCUGGCAAAGAAACAGAUACUCUAUUGCUAGUUGGUUCUGGGUUGUCUAGCAGCCUGGAUUUCAGCACCUUUCCUCUCCAUUUUUCCAAAAUUAGGCGUUUGAGAGCAGAGAAAGAACAGGACAGUCUGAGUGCCGAGUUAGAAGGUACUUCAGAUUUCUUUACAACUAGAGAGAAAGAGGUGAGUCAUAGUGGAACUUACUCAGCAGAUGUAGAAUCGUUGACUUCUGGAACUAUAAAUGCACCGGUCUUUGUAGCCGAGAACAAGGUGGCAAAUUCUAUGCCAGAAGCACGUGAAGGUGAUCAGAACAGCUUGGAAGAGUCUUCGCAGAGUGAUGGGAAGCCUGGACUGAUGACUUCCUCUGAUGAAUGUUUCUUUCUCAAGAGCCCGUAUCACAGUAAUGUCACCGUGGCCACUAAAGAAAACCAUUGGUCCCAGGGCUGGGCUCCUCUCAGGAAGAAUAGUGCAGGCCAGGAGGGACAGUUAAGUCCGAGCAGCUAUCUGCGUCUGCAGGAGGAGAGGGUAGACUAUCAGGAGAGCUCCAGGGAAGUGGUUGGAAGGCACACGAGCGUUUCAUUUCCAUCAGGUCCAGAACCGUACCCUGACUCUGCUGCCCAGAAGCCAUUCCCAUCUUCCUUGCAGCCGCCUCCCUUGGAGACAUUCUAUGUGACCAAAAGCCGGGAUGCCCUGACAGAAACCGCCUUAGAGAUUCCGGCUUGCAGAGAAUCAAGAGUGCCUUCCCCACCCCCCAGGGAAGCUUGGGGCUUUGGUCAUGACCACCAGCUUCUCCAGAACGUUUAUGUGAAGGAUCAUUUGCCAGUGCUGUUACAAAACCAGAAUUCCAAGAUUGCCUCAUCUCAGCAGGUCACAGCAGGGAGGCCAGUUCAUCUGAACACCAAGGAAGUUAUCAGAGAAAUGGGGAAAUGCCCUGGAAGUAUUGAAGAAGAAAGCCAUAAAUCAGUUUAUCUUUUUGUUGCUCAGAACAGACAUUUUCUUUCAUCUACUAGCACAAAAGUAUGUGAGUGUGAAAAUCAAGUUGGAAUUUUAAAUAAACCCAGUCUUUCAGCACUUAAGGAAGAAGAAAAGGCCACUAUACAGUCCUAUUGCAGUGUUUCCUCAAACCAUUGUAGGUCUAGGAAGCCUCUCCUUGUUUGUGAGUCUGAGACAGAUGGGGAAGAAGAGCAGGAUCACCAAGUAGUCCUCAGACAGACCCAGGCCUUUAAUAUGAACAGACAGUUUCCUUCUGGGGCCAAAUCUGAUUUCAUCUAUAAAACCAUCAAUUUAGCCAUUGACGAGGACAUGCUGGGGGAAACUGCUGUUUCUUUGCAGUCCAGAUCAGUAUGUCAUAGAGUAAACGGCCCAGAGAUGGUGGUCCAGGAUGAGAGUCCAGUGCACAAGGGUGAGGGGAAGAAUGAAUCUGGGCCUCUUGGGAAAUCUCUCCAUUCCAGAGGCAGCUCAAAGGAGCUUAAGCUUCCACAGAUGGAGUCUACAUAUGAAAGAUUCCAGUCAGUUAUAAGCACUCAGGAAAAAAAUCAGAGUGAAUGCAAGGGCCCUAGAAGAUCACAAGAAACAUUAAACCCCAAAGAAGAACCUUCUGGAAGGAAAGAGAAUAAAAGAGUUAACAAUGCUGAUGAAAUGGCCAGGCUAAUUAGGAGUGUAAUGCAGCUGGAAAAUGGCAUCUUAGAAAUUGAAUCCAAGCAAAAUAAGCAGCUAUAUGCUUCCCCAACACCGGGAGUCAGUAAGGAGUUUGUGUUCCAGGACCAGAGGGACUGGGAGAUGCCUGACUAUGUUCUGAGGCCAGGCAUCUCUGGUAGCUUGGGAAGUCUUGAGGAACUGGAAACUGUGAAAGGUUUUCAGGAAAGCCAAGUUGCCAAACAUAGAAGUAGUUCUAAGAAAAAGGGGCCAAAAGCUCAAGGCGGAGUUGAGGAAAUGACUCUGCAAAGGGGAGGGAGCCUACUGGAGGAAGGUAAAAUGGUCUCAUCGACUCAGAAUAGCUCAAGCCCACAUUAUGUAAGCAGUUCUUUCAGCCAGGAGACUGGCCUAUUGCUUAGCCAGUCAGAUUCCUCUGUAGCUCCUCACAGAGACCUGAGUGGUACCUUGCCUUUGGAUUCCCCAAGGCUACCAAGAAACUAUCUUCAUGCAUGUGAUUCUGUAUGCAUUUCUCCAGUUGACUAUGUGCUGGAUCCCACAAUAUUGAAAAUGCCUAACAGUCCUUUGGUAACUAGAGCAGGAGAUCAGGACCAGACUGGAGAGCCCCAAAGCCAUAGCCCUCAGGGAGAUGUUAGAGGGGGCUCUUCCUUGGCACACAGUGCUUGGUGUGAGUCCGUGAUAGCUAUGGCCGUGGCAUCUCGUGGUCAGUCCCAUGUACCAGAGAGUAUUCCCCUGGGUGCAGAGAGCAGGAGAUCAGCAAACACCCAAGACCAAAGAGGGAACCUUGGAAACAUCUCAGUGGGCUUGAUUCCCAGAGAGAGUUUUGCAUUUGAAGCCAAGGCCGCAAUACAAAGAGGAUUGGAAAGAGCCAGUCCCCUGAAAAGAGUCUCUAGCCCACUCGAAAACAAGACUAGCUGCCUCUUAGAAGAGGGUAACAGUCAAGGCCAGCAGGCAAAGCAGAAGGCAGUAAAGGAGGCCACGGACCUCAGUCCUACUGCUGGUGCUUUCUCAGCACCUGUGUCCCUGCCGAGGGUGCCUCACUCAGAGCACUGUGCUCAUACAUCUAUGGAUCUGGCUGUGUUAGAGAUCAGAGAAUCAAAGGCCCACGGAAAGCAACUUCAUGGCUUAGGGGCUAAUGGCAGUGUUCUUUCUUACUAUGAGACUUUAUUAGAAGCUAAAUGUUCUUCAGGGGCCCAUCGUAGGCCUCAGUGUCCACAAAGUGACCAGUCAGUGUCAGACAAGACCAGGAAUGAGGAUGACGCACGAGGAUUUUAUGUGACAUCUCUCUCUACUGAGCCAGAACAUCUGUCAACUGAUGAAGCCACACCCCUCCCUGUGGACAGCUUUCAACAUCUGCCCAACACUGAAACUAAAACAGGGCCACGGCAUCCCUCACAGACUUCCUCCCAUGAAGCCCCUGCUCCAGGCAAAAGCCAUUGUAUUGGAGAACUGAGACAUUUUCUGGGAGCUGGUGAACAGUUUCUAUGUCACUGUAGCUCUUCUGAAAUCAUAGAGAAAAAGAAAAAAGCAACCAGAACACCUUCCUCUGCUGAUCCUGUGAGCUCAGACAGUUUUCCUUCAACAGUGGUAGAGGACAGGAGGGAAAGAUCAGAGAAAAUAGUGGCUACCUUAUCUUGUUGCACCCCUUCUGGUGAUCCUGAGAUGAUUCUAUGUGGGGGAAGCCAGUUAGCUCCAUGGGAGAGUGCAGAAGGUUCACGUCCUGGUGGUCAGGAGACCAACCCAGUACAUCAAGAACCUAGAAUUCUAGAUACCACUCAUGGAGGAGGUUCAGGGAAUUUCUUAGUGGCUACCCAGGGAGGAAAAACAACCUAUUCUGAAAGUCAGCUUCUGACAUGUGAUGUUCAGAAUUCUGUCAGCCUCUCAGGAUGUACCCAAAACCGUGGCCAAUGCCUUGAGAAUUCCAUUGGGUUAGAGGAAAGGAGGGAAAGUCCCAAACAGGCUGCCAUCCUACCUGAAGUUCAGGAAGAGUCCCAGUGUAGACACCCACAGGAAACUUUAGACUGUGUUAUCAUCUCGGAGGGCAUUGAAGGCAACAGGACUCUUAGUCCACCUAGGGAGCAGGAAGACAGCGGAACACCGCCUUGCCGACAUCUUUGCAAUCCUCAACCCAUUGAUUCUCGUGCCUGUGCAUCCCCACCCUCCACUUUAUCAUGUUACAGAGACAGUGACCUGAGGAAGGGAAGUUCCAAGGCUGCCCUACGUACUCUCCAGCCACCCUGCAUAGUACCUUCCAGAGCCUGUGGAAUGGAUGAGAGAGGGAAAAGCUAUUCUAGGGCACCUGAAGUGCUCUUGGCUUCUGGCCUUGAACCCAAAGGCAUUCAUGUAGAAUUUGGGCCAGCAGAUAGCAGCACUUGGGAGCCUUCCACUUCUGCUGUCCUAUCUCUGGCUCAAGGGGGCAUCUCCCCUUCUGCCCCUGAUAUGAGGACAGGUUUCUUGAGCCACUCAGUGGCUGAUGGAAACUCAAGGUCAGGGGGGGAUCCUGAGAAAAAGGUUGCUGAGAAGAAAGCCAGCCUAGAGCCUGAGGUUACCUUUUCCUCUGCAGACCUGUACUCUGAGCCACUGAGGGAGUUUCAGAACAGCUCUGUAGGUGGGCAGAAUGCACAGGAGUCUCAAACCAAACGAGAACCACCUUUAACAACUGGGAGACCAUACACUCUGAAUUUAAGUGAACGGUCUAUUGAGAGUGAGAUUCUAGGGGAACCUCAGGAUGGAUGUUUAGAAAAUGCCAUCCAGUACCUUCCAGAAAAACCACAACUUUCCACUGAGUCCAGAGAUCACAGUGGAUUGGAUCCCCAAGCCAAGUUUGUAGCAAAGUUAAAACACAUCUCUAGGCACCAAGCUGACAGUCCCUGGGAGGAGGAAGAGCAGCAGAGAGACGAGGCUUUGGGUGGUGGGAAAGAGCCUGCCCAGGGCAGGAGCUCCCAACCUUCCCCUGAAGGUGGCUUGGACAGCUGUCAUAUUACAGAUGCAGACAGAGAGGAAGCAUCUGCAGCCCAUCCCUCUGUGUCCAGGAUGCUUUCAUCAGGCUUUGAAGACUCAGUCUCCAUGCCCUUGGGGCACAGUGGAGCCCCAUGGCCCACACCCCAGAGCCCUGGCCUGCCUGAAUCUAGGGAGCAGCCAGCUCCCCACCACAGGUGCUCAUUUCCUGUGAUUGCAGUCUUUUCUGGCCCCAGACACUCCAGGUCCUCCCCCAGACCACAGUUCUCUUCCCAGACUCUUCAUGAGCUGAACUUGAGUGUGGAGCCUCCUUCCCCCACAGAUGAAGAUGCACAGGAGACUAACAGAUGGUGGACUCCCCAUCCCAGUGAUUAUUCAAAGGAAAAGUCAGCAGCGAGAACAACUCUGCAAGAUGAGGGAUGUAAUCAGAAAGCCUCAUCUAACUGGGACAAGAGCACUGCUGAUCACCAGCCCCCACAACCUGCCAACCCUCCUUACCCAAAGUCCUCAGCUCUUUCUUGCACGCCAACCCCCGACUCCAUGACAAGCUGGAUCUCUAGUACCCUGGAAGAGACCUGGCAGGAAAAUCCAGAGGGACCUGGCAGCCAGGCCAGGUCAGAGAAGUGGCACUACACGGCAGACAAAGGAACGAUACACUUUGGCUCCAGUGACAUCAGUCCCUACAUCUUGUCCUCAUGUCCAGAGGGGCCUGUGCACGUUGGCUGGAAGCAAUAUGUGUUUGGCAGUGCAGUGGAUGUCUCCUGUAGCCAGACACCCCAGGGCCCAAUUCCAUCAGACAUGGCCAGUUGUUCAGGCAUGGAUGAUGGCCCAGAAGACCAGAACUCUCAGCUCCAUUCCCACCUCAGCACUUAUGCCAAUGCCCUGGGGAGCACACACAGCAGCAUUGGAAAUGCCCACGUUUCACAUGAGGCCUGGGAUUCCUCAUGGGGUUCCUCGUUUGCUUUGGGGAACCCCCACAUCCUGAACAGCAAUCCUGAAGCAGCAAUCCCCGGUAAGGGUCCUGACAAGAGAGCCCAGAUCCCGGGUACCCCUGAAGAAGCAGGCUCUCUGAGGAGUGAGCCCAUCUUGGCAGAAGGAAGUGCUGCAGGUGCAGUAGAUGAGAUUAUGCUGCUGUAUCCAUUAGAGGCAUGUGGCCCUGUGGGGCCGCCCAGGACGAACACCUUGGAGCAGGGCACGCAGACCCUGGGCUGCAGUGUCCACUGGAGCUCCACUGACAUCUCUACUCAGCCAGAAACCAGUGCAGUGCCAGACUCUGGUCUGGUCUCCUGGACUAGCGUGCACAACCUGUCUCUCCACCUCUCACAGCUGCUACACAGCACCUCGGAGCUGUUGGGGAGUCUCUCCCAGCCAAGUGUGGCCGAAAAGGAGCGGAACAUCAAGAGGGCGUCCCCAGAUGAGGUGACCCAGGCCCUAAUGAUGGAUGGCUAUACUCAGACCACCGUGGAUGAGGGCAUCCAAACUGACCUGGCCUUGCCACCUCUGUACCUUCCAGCCCCAGAGGCCAACCCUCCGGAGGUCAAUGUGGUCCUUGAAGUGCUGGGCUCAGAUAUCCCCACCAUGUCUCAAAAAAACAGAAAUGCCACAGGAACCCUUCAGAAGAGAGAAUUAGAGGAAACUGCAUGGAAAAUGGCAGGGCCCUCAGAAUCUCAGGAAGAAAGCCUCCACUGCAGGGCCCUGAGCUUUCCAGGAACCCCAUCCCAUUUGAGGCUUCAGAAAGCCCACUUUGGGCAGAACCUCCCUUCUCUGAGCCCUCGGGCUUCUCCUGAUUCCUCCCUGCUUCCCAGCUCCCAGCCAGAGGAGCCCUCCUGCCUGGCUGUCACCAGCCCCAGCCUCAAAGGCUCCCACUCCCCAGGGCCCUGCCCCAGUCCUGCAGAGUCCAUGGGGAAUCCUAAGGUCCAGAAAGAGCUGGACACCAUGGGUACCUUAUUGGUGGACAGAGCCUCCUCCCCAAUACUCACACUCAGUGCCAGCACCCAGGGAUUGGGGCUCUCCCCAGACUCUUUGUUUCUCACAGCCCCCUCAGCUUGUCCUUUUGAAGGCUACCAGAAACUUGUCUCCAGUCCAAACCUUCCCCUGGAUUCCCCCAGGCCUUCAGUGGAUAAUUAUUCUCAAACUGCUAAUGAGUCUGGUGGCUCCCAGAGAGUGGGGACUUCAUGUGGGAAAGGCAGAAGUCUCUUAGAAAGUAGUGAUGGCAGGUCGUUCCUUGAGGUGAGAUCCCUGGGCAGUCCACCGCAGAGCCCAAAACUCCAAGUGUGUUUUUUAGAGCAGCCCCCUCAGCAGCUUCAGCCCAAGACCACUACCUUGGUCCAGAGCAGACCACCAUUACUCUCACUGAGGAGCCAGAGCCAGAGCCUGGCUGAGGGCUUUGUGCCUGAGGACGUGGCUUCCUUGGACUGUGGCUCACUGAGCAGUAGGGGGCCAACUGAAUGGUGGAGCAAGACAGAAAAUGAGGGUGAGAGUUCAGCAUCUCCAGUGGAGCCACAACCCAGUCUGGACUUUUCAAGGGGAGGCCUCCACCACCUCAGCCCCUGCCCUGUCUCUGAGUUGACUGCUACUGCAGGGCUCCAGGGUUCCACUUUGAGCCCUACCUGCCAAUCUGAGGUGCUACUGAGCUCCAGUUCCCAGAUAUCUGUGGCUGCUGAGCCCCAGCAUCAUGGCCUGAGGGACUCGGUGCAUAACAAAGUCAGUCAUUGGAGUGGGAUUCAGGAUGGCUCUCCUGGGGAACUAGGUGUGAUGGAGUCACUGGGGACCAGGUGUGAUCUUAGCUCUGGAAAGUGGGGACAGAAGCCCCUACAGCCUCCUGACAACCAGAGCCAGGAUUCUGAGUGGUCCCAGAGGAAGCAGGUCCCCUUGCAUAUUGGGGCUCAGAGUGUCUCACUCAGCACAGAGCUCACAGAAGCGAAGCUGCACCACGGCUUUGGGGAGGCCGAUGCCCUGCUGCAGGUGCUGCAAAGUGGGACUGGGGAGGCACUUGCUGCUGAGGAGCCACUGCGGUCCACCUGGGAGGAGCUCUAUGCCCGGCAAAAACAAACCAUUGAGGCUCUCUGGAGAGAGCGAGCUGAACGACUUCAGAACUUACACCACACACGGAACCUCAGCCCCCAGAAACAACUGAGCCUCCUACCCAGCAGGGAUCUCCCCAUCCGGGACCUUGACCUACCCAGCAGGCGCCGAGAAUACCUACAGCAACUGAGGAAAGAUGUUGUGGAAACCACCAGGAGCCUAGGAUCGGCAUCACGGUCUUAUCCUGCUUCAGACAUAGCACUGAUGCUGCAAGAAUACCAGCACGCCCGCGAGGAGGCCAAAGUGGAGAUUGCCCGGGCCCGGGCCCGGCUGCAGGAGCGGACUGAGCAGGAGAAAUUGAGAAUCCGCCAGCAGAUCAUCUCCCAGCUGCUGAGGGAAGAAGAAAAGCUGCACACGCUGGUUGCCUCCAGCUCCCUGUCUACCAGCUCCAAUGGAAGCCUCUCCUCUGGUCUUACCUCUGGCUACAACAGCAGCAUCGCCUUAUUGUCGGACCAGCUCCAGUCCCCAGACAGCGUGGGAGACACACACUUGCCUGAUUCCAAUGACUCCUGGAUAGGGGAUGUUCGGGCCCAUUCUACAGUGAGGAACAGUCAAAUGAGUCUGGCCAGAUCCACCUGGAAGAGCUUAGCUUACAGCCGCAGAACCUCCCUGGGCAGCUGCUGUUGCUCUCCGUCCAGCCUGGGGGCCUGCUUCUCCUCCUCCUAUCAGGAUUUGGCCAAGCACAUCGUGGACAUCUCUAUCGCUGACGUAAUGGCUGCCUGCUCAGAUAAUCUGCACAACCUCUUCAGGUGCCAGCCAGCAGCCGGCUGGAACUAUCAGGGUGAGGAGCAGGAGGUGCAGCUUUACUACAAGGUGUUUUCUUCUACUCGGCAUGGCUUCCUGGGGGCAGGCGUGGUUUCCCAGCCACUGUCUCAUGUGUGGGCAGCUGUGAGUGACCCCACCCUGUGGCCCCUGUACCAUAAGCCCAUCCAGACAGCGAGGCUGCAUCAGCGGGUGACCAACAGCAUCAACCUGGUAUACUUGGUGUGCAAUACCGCCCUGUGUGCACUGAAGCAGCCGCGGGAUUUCUGUUGUGUCUGCGUGGAAGCUAAAGAGGGGCACCUGUCUGUCAUGGCGGCUCAGUCUGUUUAUGACACAUCCAUGCCGAGACCCAGCAGAGACAUGGUCCGAGGGGAGAUUCUGCCCAGUGCCUGGAUCCUGCAGCCUCUCACCGUGGAAGGAAAGGAGAUCACCAGAGUCAUCUACUUGGUCCAGGUAGAACUUGGUGCGCCGGGCUUCCCCCCUCGGCUCCUAAGCUCCUUCAUCAAACAGCAGCCACUGGUUAUAGCCAGACUGGCUUCCUUCCUUGGGAGUUAGCAUCUUACUGUCAAGAUGGUGCUGCAGAGACACAGGUGCAGGACACGCCAGUGAUUCUAGGGUGGCUCUUGUCAUUCUCUGCACAGCAGAUAGUACAAGGCUACUGGCUGUGGCUGACCAGGCCGACAGCACUCAGACCUGAGUUGCCAGCAAAGUCCUGUCAGUACUUGGGUCACAGCUGGUGCCUCUGCAGAGCGGGAGGACCUGAGCUCCUGCCCCUAGCUGGCCAGCAUCAGUGAAGCUCAACUCACCUUUUUGGAUUCCUCAACCUUUCUUUUCUCUCUGGGAUGCUGUGGCAGAUAAGCCACUUGAAGACCAGGACUGGGAGCAGCUGGCAGAGCCAGGAGAGGGCAGUACUCUGGCCCGGCCUCAGGCAAGGAGGGAAGCAAGCAGCGUUGGCCAGGACUGUUCAGAAUCUGUCUCCAGCAUUCAGCUCCACUGCGGACUGGAGUGCUGCAAAGUGCCAAACUAGAAAAACGGUUUAAAAAAACAACUGCACAAACCAUGACAGUGAUUCAGAAUCGUUUCUCCUUGUAUUUUUACAACAUGCUUUAUUAUUAAUUUUCACUUUUUCCCCUUCAUUUCCCUCACAGGAGAGGACAUUUGGGUCUUUGCCUCAGUCAGGAGUAUUGAGCAGUGCUCAGUCUUGGAGCCAUCACUCCAGAGCCCAGGAGAAAGGGAAAGAGCACUGUAGAAGCACGUUGGACAGAUUUGAGGCCAAGGAGGGGAACUUAGCUCUUUGAGGAGGGGUGGGGUGGGCAGCCCAGUGUUGACUGCUGACAGGGCAAGAGUAAUUUCAAAGAGGUGAAAAUUGUUUAUUGAAGACUAGAGAGAAGAUAUGACAACUCUUAGAGGAGGUAAGUGACUUAUUAGGAGGAAAACUCAGUUCUGUUCCUCCCCUCCCUCAGAGCCUUGGUGCCAGCCUUCAGUGGUCUCUCGAGCAUCCGUGCUGCUGUGGUCGGACGUGCUAUUCUAAGUGGGGAUGGGGCAUGGGCUCGGUGUUCUUGUCCCUUAGCCUGCCUAAACUUGAGCUUUGAGUAUUCAGUAUGGUUAUGUGGAAGUGGUAGGGUGGGAGAGACUCCCAGCUUUCAUUCUGGUGCCCACAAUUUUUGGUGGAAGAGGCUGACCAUAUGGGGAUUGAAAAAGGUCAGUUUCUAUACUGUACAGCAGAGAUUUAUUUUUUCUAAAAAUGUUUGCAGGAUUUUUUUUUUUUUUUAUACCUCAGAUUGUUACUUAUAUGUGAUUGGUUGAAGGCAUUUUAAAUUGCUCUUGAACAUA